GCGCGGCGGACCAAUGAACGGAGGGGUGGGCGGGCUUUAGGUUAGCGACCCGGUUUCCGGUUCCGGUGGGCGUCGCUCUGUGCGCUCUUCUGCUACGUGUCCCUGGCGACCGAGGUGUCGGCCGGCAGCAUCAUGGAUCAGGUAAUGCAGUUCGUUGAGCCAAGUCGGCAGUUUGUGAAGGACUCGAUUCGGCUGGUUAAAAGAUGCACCAAACCCGAUAGAAAAGAAUUCCAGAAGAUUGCCAUGGCAACAGCAAUAGGAUUUGCUAUAAUGGGAUUUAUUGGCUUUUUUGUGAAAUUGAUCCAUAUCCCUAUUAAUAACAUCAUCGUUGGUGGCUGAAUACCUUGUUUUUCGUCUUGGGAUUUGGUGAACAAGUGAGGGUUUGAGAAGCUCAUGGAGUAAAAGUUUGCCUACAUAUUUUGUUUUUCUCUCAUUUUUUUCUUCCAAGAUGUUUUCUAUUUCUAAAUUAAAAUAAUUGUAAAAUAAA